GACAUAUCCACAUACUAUUUAAGUUUCUGAACGAACAGAAAUUUGUGAAAUGGCGAAAUUGUGACUUCUUGAGGAAUUAUUAGAUUUUAUGUUCGAUAAAUGACAAUUUAAUAAGUAAACCAAUACUGUUUUGUAGCUAAUCUUAAGGUAUUUUAUAAUCCUUAUUACUUUGGAGAUCGUGUUUGGUGUAAACAAAUUUUAACAUAUAAAAAUAUGAUACCUGAAAUUAGUUGAUCGUAUUUUUGCCCCUUCAAGUGUGAAAUUUUCUAGUGAGCUUCGUAUUCCUAUUUAGUUUGACUAGGUUUUCAGAUAUGAAUAACUGUGGUGGAAUAGGAGGCGGUGCGUUGGGUGCAGCAGGUGGUCCAUAUGAUGCUAAAAUAGCAGGACUUUAUGACUUACUUGAUACACUUGGCUCUGGACAUUUUGCAGUUGUAAAAUUAGCACGGCAUGUUUUCACUGGAGAAAAAGUGGCAGUAAAAGUCAUAGAUAAAAGUAAAUUAGAUGAAGUAUCGAAAUCGCAUUUAUUUCAGGAGGUUCGAUGUAUGAAGUUAGUACAGCACCCAAAUGUAGUAAGACUAUAUGAAGUAAUAGACACUCAGACAAAACUCUACUUAAUAUUAGAGUUGGGGGAUGGAGGAGAUUUAUAUGAUUACAUAAUGAGGCAUGAAUCGGGCUUGUCAGAAUCUCUUGCUCGUGAUUACUUCCGUCAAAUAGUUCGUGCUAUUUCAUAUUGUCAUAGGUUACAUGUGGUACAUCGAGAUUUGAAACCUGAAAACGUAGUAUUUUUUGAAAAACUAGGUAUAGUGAAAUUGACUGACUUUGGUUUUAGCAAUAAAUUCUGUCCUGGUCAAAAAUUAGAGACUUCUUGUGGUUCAUUGGCUUAUUCGGCUCCAGAAAUAUUAUUAGGUGAUUCAUAUGAUGCCCCAGCUGUGGAUGUGUGGUCACUUGGAGUCAUACUCUAUAUGUUAGUUUGUGGACAGGCCCCCUUCCAAGAGGCCAAUGAUAGUGAAACUUUAACUAUGAUAAUGGACUGUAAAUAUACAAUACCACCACAUAUAUCAAAUACAUGUAAAAGGUUAAUAGGUAGAAUGCUUGUAAGAGAUCCUGAGAAAAGAGCGACUCUUUCAGAAAUAGCUACUGAUCCUUGGGUAACAGCUGGAGAAGGCAUAACUGUUGAAGAUUUUGACACUCCAUUAGUUACCAAAGAACAACUGUCUGAGGAUGAUCGCUCAGCUAUAAUACAAAAAAUGGUCAAUGGGACUAUAGCUACUAAAGAAGAGAUUCUAGAAUGUUUGGAGAAGAAUGACUAUAAUCAUAUCACUGCCACUUACUACCUGUUAGCAGAAAGGAAACUGAGAACGAAAAGGAUGGAGUCGGUCCGUAGGCAAGAGAUGGUCGUAGGCGCGCGGAGACCGGAAGCUCUGAGCGUAGUUCGUGGCGCUACAGCUAACGCGCCGCCUCCCACGCGGAUGCUAUUAGCACCGCCUACGUUGUCUGCCGCACCGCGUACGCCGCAAGACGUACCGCCGAGAUCACGUAAAUGCAGCAUAGUACGCGAGGAAGAAGAUGACGAGGAGCCAGCGGUGGCGAAUACGGCGGAGACGAGACGGGGCUCUCGGUCUGAAGGUCGACUCCAUUUGGCGGCGCGCGCGCACAACGCCGCGCAAGCGAUGCCCCCCACCACAGUCCCGCCUGUUAAUAAUGCGCGACCUACUCAACUAGCAGACAACCUCACCAAGGUGAAAUUGGGCGAAGUCGCUGGCAGCGUAGGUGCUGAAUGCCGGCGGCGUCGUGGCGGGUCUUGUUCAUCUUCAGAUCUAUCCGACGACGACUCGGAGAAGAAGAAACGUGCCGCCGACCAUCGGCCGCCGCCCGACCGCGCACGCAGAGACUCGCACGACGACUCCAGCGACAGCCAGGAACGCGGCAGUGGUGCGGGCACAGGCACUGGCGCGCCUGGGAGCGGGCGGAGCGGGACCCGGGCGCUGGCCGCCGCCCCCACGGCCCCGGGGGCGGGCGCGGGCACGGGCGCGGGGGCGGGUGACGCGCGCGGGGCAGGGGGAGGCGGCGGGGGGCGGAGGAGGCGGGGAGCGAGGCACGAGAGCCGACUGAGGGAGUCCCGCUCACUCAACCGCAUAGCGGAAGUCGAGGAGGCGGCCGGCGCUCGCUGGGCGGGCGGCGGUAUCGUGGCACUGUGCGGUCGGCCGUUACUGCGUCUGCUGGCGGCCGCGAGGCCCGCGCCCUCCGCUCGUAGGCUGCACGGCCUCUGUUAGACUGCGCGUUGUCUGCUAAACGGUAUAGGUACUCUGCAAAAAGUAAAGAUGUGACCAAACAUAACGCGGCAAGUGCGGAGCAACGUUUCGUAUGAUAAAUCAUCCAUAAUCACGGCGCGGAUGUUGCUUGAAAACAGCGAUCUACUUGGAUGAUUCACGAGCUUUUCCAUCCGCCGCUUUAUAUUUGAACACUCCUUAGUUCGCCCACCCCGCCCCUCAAACGUCGAAGUAAUGCAUCGCCUCUAGCAUCACAGACGUUGUUCUAUCUACGUUUGAUUUACUCCAAGGGGCCAUUAUAUUUCUACAGCCUUUUCAACAACGUCUUUCCGUGAACAAGAACUAGGCAAACACGGAUCCGCUCAAGAUUUCCCUACUUCACGGGUGUAAACAUCGCUCCCCGCCGAUCGAUAGCGGAGUUCUUGUGAAACCUUAUGAGUGUUAUUUUCGCGGAACGCUGCCACGCCUGUCGGCGACUGAAUUUAAUCACCUCGCUAAUGGCAAUGCAAUAUUAAUUAAAUUGUAUUUGACGUUAUACGAACUAGCGUCACUUUCCAUUUACAAUUUAUACCGAGAGGAGUAUUGAAUAUCCUAUUUACUCUUUUAUAAUAUUAUGGUGUUAUUGAAUUAUUAAACUCGGAAGUGUCAGUUGUUCUGUACGGUGUUCCAUAUUCGUAUUCUCAUCGCUUACGUUUUCAUUUUGAUAACUGAGGCCCAAACACGAAUUUUUGACAGCUUCGUAACGUAUCGCAGCGCCCCUAUCGGACGUAAGAUCAAACUUGCUUUUUCCAUACAAAAUUUGACGUAGACCGUUAGAGACGUUAAGGAGCUACUAAAAAUUCGUACUCGAGCCCGUUUAUCGCAUGCACACAGGACUUUGGAAUAUUAACCCUAGACCUUGUCGUAGAAAAUCUGUCUUAAUGUCUCCUUUUCUAGUUUACUAUGAUAAAUCAUUCUAUGUUGUGUCCUAUAUAAUUUAUAUAGCAUUGGUAGAUAACUUUCACUGUAAAUAAUAAAUGAAGCAAAAUUUAUUGUUUAAAAGAUUAAAUUAUUUUUCCCAGGUGUAAAUUAUUGAUUGAUAAUAAUAGAAUUAUAUUUAAUUAAUUAAAAAUAAACUUUUGAUUGAUUUGAUGUUGUCUGAGCUCAUUUGUUGCACACUUAGGAUGCAAAUCUAUUUUUUCGUGUUACUAUUAUCACGUUGAUUUUUUGUUUCAUAUAUCCACAUAGUGCAUUUCUUAAAGGAGUGACAAGAAAAUAUAAAGAUUGCCACGAGUUUGACACGUAAAUAAGGUGGAUUAAGUUAAGGCAUGAGUUGAGUAUGUAAAUAAAGUUGAAUGAUUUAUUAUCUACUUGACCGAUCCGGCGUAACGCGACUGAAAAUACGCCGACGUAUCUUCCAUCAUCAGAUGUAUGGGGAUCCUUUCCAUAUCGCAAUCGCUGCACUGAUUUAGGUUUAGGGCGCUAUGUGCUCUGUCUGAAUAACAUAAUGUGCUUUAUGAUUCUUCCACUAGAUGGUAUAUCUUUAUAUUUUUGAAGUCCCAACUUUAAAUUUAGUUAUAAUUAUUACGAAUAGAAGAUUGUUAGAUGCCGUAAUUUUUUUCUUUAUAAAUUUUAGAAAUGGAAUGUUAAAUAAGUUGAAUGUUGUGCAUUAAAAUAUAUGUAGAUACAUAAAUUGUUGUAAAUAAAUAAUGUUAUAUUAAUUAUUACAUACUAACAUAAGUUUUAUUAUUUUUAUUUAUUCAGUGUACUAGUACUGAAAAUGUAAUUGUCACAUACGUAAAGACGUAUAAAGAACUGUGACUGUUUUUUUAAAUCAAAAAGUUGAUCUAGUGCAUCAUUUAGGUGCCGUAUUGUAUUACACAGUAUGAAUGAAGACCAAAGAUAAACAAAUUUUGUUAUACAUUUCUAUUGACGUCUUGUGCUUUUCGGUGCCAACAUACAUAAUUAAAUUUUUUAUGUAUCAAUUAACAAGUGCGACUGUACCCUCGAGUUCUUCUGACUUGUCUGUGUGGUGCUUGCUGGUUCUUUAUACUUAUAUAGAAUUAUUUUUAUGACAUGUCUCCCUUACAAAUUGUUUCACAAGAACUUAUUUAAUAUUUGAAUUCAAAGCUCUUGAAUAUAUACGUUUUGAUUACUUACUAAGGUAAAGAGAAGUGUUCAAUAAGUAAUGAUGUUAAUUUUAAUCUUCUUUCACUCUGAAGAAUGUUCAUGGGUAGGUUCUAUCUAUACUUCAACAAUUUUGUACAGUACAUCUAUAACAUAAUUUUUAGAUGUGUUUUAUUGAGAUUAAAUUGUUGUAAAAGUGACAUGUUGUGUUAUUCUAAUGUUAAAGCAAUGAAAGUGAUAGCGUCAACUUCAAUGAAACUAAAUAUUAAUUGACGUCACUGAGUGCAGGCGUUUUUUGUUUUUAAAACUAUCCCGUCAUUUCUUAUCUUGGAUUUCUAUGUUAAGUUAAAUAAUUUGAUUUUAUGUAUUUAUUUGUGAAACUUUCUUGAAAACUGGUCAUUUCUAAAAUGAGACGAACAAAACCAUUUGGCCAAUAAUGCGAACAAACAAUUUUAAGUAUCAUAAUAAUACUUGUCUGUUUUCUUAUUACUACCAUCUGCAAAGAACUUAAAGAAACAACUGUAUCUGUUGGUGAUCUGAAAUCUUUAAUCUCGAUUGUAAGUUAUGGGAUCAUAAAUUCUGUUUGGACUCAAAUGUUAAAGGUGUCUAGCUUCAGGUUUUAUAUAUCCAUUUGGUCCCAGCAGAUAAGUUUUUUAAUACUCACAUUCACCAUAUAAAACUGUAAUAUUUACACAACAAAAAUCCAGCAAAAUAUCGAAUUACUUUUAAGUCUGUGCAAUAUAAAUGGAUAUCUAAAUGAGAGCUUUGUAAUUUGUACAUUUUAUAUUGUAUUUGUAUGAUUGAAGUACAUCUGUUUAUAGUUAAUAGCUUUUAGCAUUUUAAACUGAUAUUCAAAUAACUGUGUACCUGGUUGCCAUCUGUAUUUGGCAUUUAAAUAAGGCUUUUGCAAAAUGUCCAGUCCAGAUCCUGUAGCAAUUAAUUAGACCUCAUAUACAUAAUACCUAUAUGUAAAACAAAAACCGACUUUAUUUAUAAAAACAAUGUAUAAUGCAUUGAUUUGAGAUUUUGAAUCUAUAUAGACUAUUGUCUUGCCAAUAAACAUGGAAUUUAGAAAAUAUUGUUUUUCAGUAUUGUGUGUAAUAUUAAUUUAAAAAAAUAUGUUGUAUCAAAGAAUCUUAUUUUAUAAACAAAAUAAUAAAUAUAUAGUACCUUUAUUAUACAUAUUUUUAGUUUGAAUGUUCUCUUAAAAUGUUUGUCUCAAAUAAAUGUAUCAAAAGCAAGUUAUUUAAUUUUUCUAACAGUUGCUUAUGAAUAAUCAAAGCGCCUAGAGACGCAGCCAGCGCAUAUUAGGGCGUCCGCUGCCUUAAGCGAGUGCACGGAGCGGAAGUCUGCUCCGGAACUACUUUCAGCCCCCUUAGCAUGAGCACCGCGAUAUGAUAUAUAACACGUUUUUAUCACGCUCAAUUGUCAAAUUACUAUAGAGUUUGACAGUUACACGCUAUAAAAAAUGUGAUAUAAUGUAAAUUGUGGUGCUCAUGCUACAGGGACAGGAUAUGAUAUAUAAAGUUUUUAUCACACUUAAUUGUCAAAUUACUAUGGAGUUUGACAGUUAGGCGCGAUAAUAAAUGUGAUAUAAUGUAAAUUGUGGUGCUCAUGCUACGGGGACAGGGCUGAAACUACGUUAAACGGGCGCCCGACGUGUAUCUACGCACGUAGAUAUGUCGGUGGGCUCCGUGGGAACCAGUUUUCGCAGUGUCACUAGUUAAAUUUGACGGUAUUAACGUACAGUGGGACCAAGUUCUUGUGGGAGGGGUGCUGCUGGUGGACUGAUGAUUGCUAAGCAAUUAAAAUCUCUUCACUUGUUCAAAUUAGUUCUAGUUUCGGCCACGUUCUACAAGAUCUUGGUCGCACUGUACAAUCUUGAAUCUCCAGUAGCCCAAUUUGGACGCAACCAAAAGCCAUGAGCGUUUUUUUUGCUGCCCCAACGUUCGGCGCUACAUACAAGGCUCAGGUAUGGAGGGAGUAGGUACUUCAGGUUGCCCCACAUACAACAUAAGGGUUGGUUAUGUUAUUCUGGCGCGCUCGAGUAAAUCCCAAAAUCCCCGCUUGGAUUCUCCCUUGACGGAAUGUACAUACUCGUCGCAAAAUGUCCCUAUCUCAAUAUUUGUUUCGCAAAAUGAACUCCUUUUUGAAUAGGGUUUAUUUAGGCCAUUAUGUAUCAGGAAAAAUGAUCAUUGUGAAGAAGCAUUUUGAGAAAGAUAGUUUGGAGUUCGGCGUUCAUUUUGCCUGAGGUACUGCGACUUAUCUAAACUUGUCAAGAAAAAUAGAUUCUUCGAUUUCUUAAUAUUUUUGGACCUGAAUUAUCCUUAUUGCCCCCUCAGUCCUGAGAACCACUCUUCAGUUUAUCCAUACCAAGUUGCCAUACAUUUGACACUUUUCCACAUCCCGCUUGUGAAAACGUAAAUCAAAUUGAAUAAUUGGGAUCGUAGCAAGCAAACUUCAUUAGAGCGAUCAUAGAUAGCUACCAGCAACGAAAUGAGGUCGUUUAACAGUGAUAAUGCUUGGCUCCACCAGCGAGUUACAUCACGGAAAAAAGAGCUAUCCAAGGCCGCGCGCAGCUUGGAGUAGGCAAAGCAGUGCUUUUUUUACUAUUUCUUGUGUUUCUUUCUUGUAUCGUGAAUGCCAUUUACUUAAUUGCCAUUUUCUUUUCAUGAAAAGGAUAACAAUACAGCUCAGCAUAUGUUGUUGAGUUGGAUCAUAUUUUAUUUGAUGCUAGUAUGAGAGUACCGUAUCUUCCCUUUUUGUUUUCAAUCAAAGCCAAGAUGAGAUCAUAUGGCUUCCACUGUCAAAAAGUUAACAGAUCUCAUGUAGAACCGCUCCUAACUUACAUACUAUACCUUAGUUAGUUAGUUAGAAAAUGUGGCUUGGCCGUUGCGUUACCACAAGAACUAUUAAGAUUACUUGCUCAGUGAAGUGUAUAACAGAAAAGUAAUGAACAGUGGAUAAAUUUUUCACCUUACCGUGUAGUUGCUGAAGUUAGACCUUGUAGAGUAAGGAGCUUGGUUCUUCAUUCUACAUGAGAUCUGAUAACUUUUUGUCAGUAUCAUAUAACGUGCAUAUCACUUAUGGUCUCGUCUUGGCAACACUUGACAUAAAAACGUUUUUAGUGGAAUAUUAUAUAAAAUGUGUAACAGAAAUAACGGACACCCUGAAUGUAAUUUGUUUGAAAUUGGCUUCUUAAUCGAUUUCACUAAAACAUUCUGAAAAAUAAUUGCGGUUAAUUCAAUCAUUCUAAACAAAAGAAUAUGAUACAUAAUCUACAAGCUAUUUUUAACUUUAAUAAAUAAUUUUACAUACAUUGAGAUAUCACUGGUUAAACUGAUUAAAUAAAAAUUACUGUAGAUUCAUUUGCACAUUUUUAACAAACUACUCUCAGUGAGUUAUUUCUGUUACUCAUUUGUAUUUAUUAAGACAAUUGAAAAUAUAAGUGCCUUACAAUAGUGGCUACACACUAUCAUCAAGGUUCGUUAUAUUUUAACAGAUCAUUUAAGACUGAACAAGACCGUGUAUGAUAAAAUAUUAGUUUCAAAUGAUCAUUUUAAAACCUAUAGUGAUACUUAUAAACUAAACGGAGCCAAGUAUAAUCUGUUUGGUACUGACACUGAUUUGCUGCUGUGCUUGUGCUACAUUGACAUUUCAGAGGGAGUGAAAUAUAUGCUGAUGGGAGUUUUCCAAAUUUAGCACAAUUCAAAAAAGUUAUUUCCUUUAGAUUUAUAAUAAUAAUCUAAAAAAAAAUAAGGUUUUUUAAGCAAUUUAGUGCCUAAGGGGCCGUUCAUAAAAUACGUCACGCUAAAAUCAGCUUUUUCCGACCUCCUGCCCCCCUAUUGUCACUUUCUGUGACCCCUCUUGAAAUAUUCCGUCACAAAAACGGAGACCCCCCUCCCCCC